CCGAUACUUGGGGUGUUGUACUUUUGCAUUACCCCUUGCUUUAGUCGCAAAGUUGCAAAAGCUGUUGCAAUAAUUGCGGCAUCGCGCCCAUUGCCGGCCGCCACAAAUGUAUCCGUACAAGUACCUGAGAAAAGUCUGUCCAGUCAUUCCCAAUUCUCCUUCUUGCUAUUCUCGCUUUACUAUCUUGAUUGGAUAUGCAUAACGGAAAAAAGAGAGGCCUCCUCUAUUGUGCAUAUCGACGGGCGCAUCGUGCCGCGUCUCCCCAUUCCGAUCCGGCAAGGUACCACGAUCAGAUAAACCUGAAUUCCGAAUGUGUGUCACUGGAAGUUGAACCAUACUGGAGAGAGAGAGAGAGAGAGAAAAUGGCUCUUCCCGAUUGAGUAACCCAGAGG